AUGAUUUUCGACUGGAUUCACCGCGCUGUCUCGCCUUUUAUUUAUACGCUCCCAACCCCGAAUCCAUUUCAAUUACAAGCUGAGGACAAAACAAAAUCUAAGCGAAAGAAACUCAAUCUUACAGACCGUGAGGGGCAUGGCCCUAACAAUGGAAUCGAGAAAAAUGUUCCAUUAGCCAUUCGUCGCGACCCAGCAUGGAGUCCAGCGGUCAACGUGCCCUUUGGAAGACUUGCCAACAUUAUCUACAAUAGUUGGGCCAUUCGCAAAAAUAACGUCAAAAAUGAGGACGAGAAGAAGGAUAUAUCUAAUCUAAGGCCAUAUAAUCUCGAACCACAAGAAAUUGUCUUUAAUAAACUUAACAACAAGAUUGAUAGGCUUCAAGGUAAUAUCAAGCACAGUGGUUUACGAAAAAAGAAGGAUAAAACUAAAGGGUCCUACGAUCAAUGGAUCAUUUCGACAGAUCUAACGGUUGUCGGCCAAGGUUCCGCAAAUCUCUAUAAAUGGAUACCACGUAUCUCUGGCAAAACUUCUAAACGAUGGGAUUCUUAUGGCAUAGAAGUGGUAUCUCGAGUUCUCAAGAGUAACAACCAUAAAGAUACCGCCGAGCUUGAAGAAAUUGUCAAAGCGCUCAAGGGUACCGGAGAUGAACUAUAUGAAGGCUUCAUAACGAAUCAAUGUGCCCUUCAUGUGCAUGUCGAGGCCCCCGACCUUGCUACACUAAAGGAGUUGGCUUGUAUUUUGCUGAUAUACGAAGAGGAGAUCUCAAAGCUACAUCCUAGAUGUCGUCGUCCGGGUCAUCCUGUUGCAAGGGGCAACCUCAUUAGUAAUCGCUUGCACACGCUCCUGGGCGCGGAUUAUGUCACAUAUGAGGAAACAAUCCAUGAGAUCUGGGAUCAGCGACCGGAGACUUCUCUCUAUAGAGAGAGAAGAACAAUUCAACAGAUUCGCGAUGAAGUUGAUCAACUAAGGGAUGAGAAGGAACUGGCUGGUUACAUGAAUUUCCCUCUGACGCACGCAAACAGACUAGUAAAUUUCCUGUCAUUGAGAUCCUCAUCACGGGCUCAUACCAUUGAGUUCCGACAAGCUCGCGGUUCCCUCAAUGUAAAGGAUGUCACUCAAUGGGUCGAUUUCUGCUUGAACUUGGUGAAGCUUGCCGAAUAUUAUGUUUCCAAUCCAAACGACAGAAUCCAAGAAUGGCCUGAGGAAAAUGAUGAUGCCAUAGAAGAGGUUGAUAUAUUCAGAUUAAUGGAUCUUAUGAAGCUGAAUGAAAGGAGUGUAAACUUUUGGAGAAGCAAAGUUGCUAAGUACAUGGGAUUUAGAGAGGAAGACAACCGAAGUGACACUGAAAAGCUUCCCGGGGAAAAGAAGAAGAUACCCCCCAAGCCUCCAAAGCCCCCUGGACCACCUAAACCGCCUGGAGGACCACCUAAGCCACCUGGGGGGCCACCUGGGGGACCACUUGGGGGACUACCUAAGCCACCUGGAGGAUCGCCACCUGGUGGAAUGCCUCCGCCGCCGGGUGGUCAAACAGGUGUGGUGUCAUAUCCUACCUUACCGGGACUGUCGCCCAAACUCCCAAAACGAAUACCCGCAAAGCCUGAAAGACCGAAAAAAAUCUCGGAAGCUAGAGCGAGAUUGUUAAAAAGAUUGGAAGAGAAAACCGGAAAUAAUCCUUAUUUUGAUGUAGCCGUCGGUGGAGGAUCCAGUAUUCCGCCAGCAGAAAGUGCUAUGGAAUCACUUGCUUCAUACUUCAACACGACUAUCAGCGAUCUAGCUACUGCACGUCCAAUAAAUCCUCAACAACUAAAACCUCCAAAACCUCCACCAUUGAGGCCUCCGCCAAAAGUUCACCCAGUAGGCCAGCCAGGGCCAAGUUCACAACCCAGUCAACCAUCACAGAAACCGAAGCCUCCCCCUAAAACUCCGUCAGACGAAACAGACAUAGAUAAUCCAGAUUACGUGCCUGAUGAAAAUGAGAAACCUGUAUCCCCCAAACCUUGGAUAGACACAAAUUAUGAUCCAGAUCACGAUAUUAUACAUGGCGUCGGUACAUAUGCAGAUAUUUCGCCACAUAAGCCUCAGCAUACAAAUACAGGUGUCUAUGUACCCAAACAAGAGACACCAACUGCUUUCAAAGUAAAACCGAAAAUCACAGAACCGAAAAUCGAAAAGCCAGUAGAGGAACCGCCGCCAAAUGACACCACUGAUGAUCACGAAGGUGUGAUCAUAGGAAUUCCUCAACCUUCAAAACCUAAACCCACCGAGGUCAAGAUCCCACCGCCUGAACCCGUAACCAAAAUUCCUCCCAAGGUGGGCGGUCUUAGCUGGUUUAGUAGCCUUACCACUUCAAAUGCUUCGGAUGUAGGACCCAAAGUCACAACUGCCCCUAUACAUAAUUUGACCUACUAUCAUGUGCCAACCACAUCGGUGAAACCACAAGUCACUGGAACAACCACGGAAGUUAUUUAUCCUUCACUUCCGGAUAUAGACAAAAAGACUCCGGAGAAAAGACCCGCAGAAGAGACCAUAGAUGAGAGAGAUCAUAAGAGAAUCAAACCCAUUCCUAAGCCUCCGCCUGUGGUAGGACCGAAGAUCUCUCCUCCAUCCAGUGCCUUUAAGCCUACAGGGACACUAACAAUCGAUGGGGUCCUCGAGAUACUCGAGAGUUUCAAAUAUUUGCAAGACGAACAGCUCCGUAGAGAAGCAAUGGAGCAACUUCACAACACUAAUGACGCGAAUAAAGCAAUUAUAGCAGCGGCCGUCUCUAUCUUUUCAGAUAGCCAUCAAUCGUGGCUUCCAGAUUACGCAAACCCACACACAGAAGAAAGUGAUGCGAUAGAAGCUCAAAAGCAGCAGAUGAUGGUUGAAGACGAGCGCCUUGCAUUGAAGCUAUUAAAGGAAGAAGAGAACAGGCUAGCAGCAGAACGUGGAACAUCAUUGGUCGGUUUCGAGCUCCGAGUUGAUCACCCUAAGCCCACAAAAAUUGGGCUAGAGGAGCUUGAACUUAUCAACGUUGGCACUAUUCAUGAAAGAUUGAGGAUAAAGAAUUUCUCUAGGAAUGAAUGGGAAAAGCUCUUCACGACAGCUAUAAUUUCUGGCAAGUUUGGUACAUGUGGUGCUGCAGCUGUGGUACUAUCUCUUCAGAACCAGUAUCCCAAGGAGCCAUGGACGCGCGGCUUGACCAAUGAGGCUUUUUUGAGGGACUGGGUUGAAACGAUUCCAAGAGCGGAGGACCAGGGAAGGGUAAAUUUUUAUGACGAAGAGCAGCUCAAUAACGCUCUUGUGAGAAUGACAAAUGGGCAACUCCAACUUGCCGUCACUCACCAAGGUCUGGAGAACUAUUUUAUGUUCGGGCCCCCAGAAUCUGCUCUCCUCACCAUGCAUGGCGAGCCGGCUAGGUAUUUGUAUGUACAUUUAACUCAUAUGGCAUUUUCAACAGGUACCGGGGGUAGACCAUACCAGCAUUUCGAAGGAAUGAAGAGAAAACCAGGAUACAAAGAGCACAAGUAA